AUGACUUUAACACCCACACACCUUAGCAAAUGGAGUGAAGCCCCCAACGACCGCAACGGCGAAGAUGAAAGGCAGAACGAAGGUCGCUCUCAGACAACACGAAUGCCCCCUUUCUGUGUUCUCAAGAAAGGCCGUUUCCAACCAAUAGCGGAGUCCGGCUUCCGCGCUCUGCAGAAGGCUUUGUUUGCCAGGACAGACUUUCCCUUAGAAAUGUCUGCAAUGGUGGGACCUUGGGAUCGGGGCUCAGGUUAUCAGCGACCAUCUGAGGAAGUGAUCACACCCCCAGCCCCUGGCGUUCCCCGCUGCUUCUCCCUAGAUGCUGGCUGUGGCUGGGACGCGGGCAGGGCUGAGCUGGGAACCCGGCAGCAGGAACCUCUCAGGUGCACCCCUCGCCAGCGCGCCCCGAGCCUGGCGCUGCACCUGUUAGGCGGGGGGAAGGUGCCUAACCCAGGCUUGCAUUCCCACGGCGCUGAACUUGACCCUCGCAACAGCCUUUGGAGCAGGCCGGGCAUCGCCCCUUUUUCAGACAAGCAAAGCAAGGCUCGGCGGAGGCCUGCCGCCUCUUGCCAAGCCCUCACGGGCACUGGUUUCCACGACAGCGCCCCCUUGGACGAGUUCGUAAACAACCUCGCCUCCAGCACGCUGGGCCUCUCCUUUGCUGACCUCACAGGCUACGAGCGCUCUCCUCCCUCAGGAAGCGCACUCCUGACGCAGGGACACACGGGGCGUGACACUCCAGCAGGCACCGCCGGGCAGGACGUCCCUCUGGUCCCUGCAGCUGUGCUUGCGCAGCUGGGCCCGUGCAGUAGAGUCAGGGCGGCUUCGGAGACCGCCAGUCGUUGCGAUGUGGACGACGCCAGCUCUGCGAGGCAGCCCCCGAUGGGGAGAGACGUGCACCCUGACAGUGGCCGUCUGUGCUCAGUGUCCAGGGUGUCCGAAUGGGAAGGGGCAGGGCCUUCGUGGCCUGACGCCCAUGACCGGGGGGAGAGCCUUCUCCCGAAUGUGUCUGAGGACUACGGCUACGACUCCACGGUGUCCAUGGAAGACUAUGUGAACGGCGACGACUUCUUCUGUGACAAACACAACGUCCGGCGGUUUGCGAGCUACUUCCUGCCCCCCUUCUACUGGCUCGUGUUCCUCGUGGGCACCGUGGGCAACGGGCUGGUCAUCCUCGUCUACUGGUACUGCACGAGGGUCAAGACCAUGACCGACACGUUCCUCCUGAACCUGGCCAUCGCCGACCUCCUCUUCCUCGUCACACUCCCCUUCUGGGCCGUCGCCGCGGCCGACCAGUGGAGGUUCCAGGUGUUCCUGUGCAAGGCGGUCACGGCCAUGUACAAGAUGAACUUCUACAGCUGCGUGCUGCUGAUCUCGUGCGUCAGCGUGGACAGGUACAUCGCCGUCACUCAGGCCAUGCGGGCGCAGUCCUGGAGGCAGAAGCGGCUUCUGUACAGCAAGAUGGUCUGCGCCAUCGUCUGGGUGCUCGCGGCCGCGCUCAGCGUCCCCGAGGUCCUGUACAGCCAGACCAGGACGGAAAACGGCGUGACCGUCUGCACCAUGGUCUACCCCCGGGACGAGAGCACCAAGCUCAAGUCGGCGGUCUUGACCCUGAAGGUCAUCCUGGGCUUCUUCCUGCCCCUCGUGGUCAUGGCCUGCUGCUACACCGUCAUCAUCCACACCCUCCUGCGAGCCAAGAAGUCGUCCAAGCACAAGGCCCUCAGGGUGACCGUCACGGUCCUCACGGUCUUCGUGCUGUCCCAGUUCCCCUACAGCUGCGUCCUGCUGGUGCAGACCAUGGACGCCUACGCCGUGUUCAUCUCCAGCUGCGCCACCUCCAUCAGCAUGGACAUCUGCUUCCAGGUCACUCAGACCGUCGCCUUCUUCCACAGCUGCCUGAACCCUGUCCUGUAUGUUUUCGUGGGGGAGCGAUUCCGCCGGGAUCUCAUGAAAACCCUGAAGAACCUGGGCUGCAUCAGCCAGGCCCUGUGGGUCUCCUUUACAAGGCGACAGGGGAGCCUGAAGCUGUCGUCUGCGUUGCUGGAGACCACCUCGGGCGCUCUGUCCCUUUGAGAGAUCUUUUCUCGGAAAUGGGUCCUUCAGGAAGCAAUGAGGAAUCCAGGCACGGUCCCCCACUAAUGGUACUCAUCGGUAACGAGAAAAGGAAAAGAGGAAAAGAAAAAAAAAAUCGGGAAAGGAUGAACCUUAGGAAGAACAUUAAGAAUCUGCAAAGCAGCAUCAAGGGUUGAGAUUGGCUGGCCGCUCCCCGAGGUUGCCGAGUGACUCUUGGCUUGUGUGAGUGCAGUUUUCAAAGCAGGGAUGCCUGGCAGCUUUGCACGCCACCUGGCUUUGCCCCUUGCCCAAGCAUUGGUGCAGCCGGGCUCUGGAGGAGGCGCGGGGCUUUCUCAGUGUACCACCCAGAGCUGUGCCUUCGGCUCUGAUGCCACCCCUCCCACGAGGAGACUUGGACACACUGGCCACUUCUGUUGUCGCCAGGAGCAGAAAGCUUCACGAGAACUCCCAUCUCGGAGACGUCUCUGCCCAUGCCAGGUCUUACAGAUCCUUGGUCUGGAAUCUUUCCAAACAAUGCUGGAUCUGAUUCCCCUAGGUCUCUUUUGUCCUAUCUGAGCCAGUGAGGGUCCUUGUUCCUUUCUAAAACUGUCUGCAGGCUUGGUCAGCGAUCAUGCCAAGCCACGCAGUCCACUGGAGUCCAGUCCCUUUCCAUGUCCUGCUGGGGGUUCUGGGACUCCAUGCCUGGCUGCAGGGUUGAGCGGGGCAAGGGUUCUGCUUGUCCCCUGGUGCUGUGGCAGUGGUACUCACAACCGGCCCAGGGAGACUGCAACCUGGGUCAGCGGGAACUGGCCUUGGCUCUGGGAAGGGCCUGCUCCACUGCACGGUGCUUGCAUGGCCAACUCGGGCCUCCCUCUGACCCGCUGGUCCUCCUGGCUCCCUCUCAGGGGCUGCUGGAACACGCUCUGCCUGCACGCUGCUCCUUUUCUUACUCUUCAGGGAUAGCGCUUUUAAAGCUUUUAACGUAGAGAUUA